AUGUCAGGAUGUGAUGGGACUAGUACGCGUCUUGUUGAUUACAUUGUGGUCAUUGAAUUUGAUGAAACUCAAAGUCGGCAUGGAAGCAGUGUGGGCAACAUUGUGCAACGCUUUCCAAAAUAUGAUUGGCCAGAUAUAUCUUUGUCGCCUAGUUUGGAAGUGUUUUCUCAACCACAAGGCUGGGCGCUAUCGACGGAAAUGCGUCCCGUUUGUUUCUUUGCCAAUACACUGACAGAUAUUAUGGGAGCCAGACAGUAUGCUUCCUGUUUACAGGUUUAUGAGCCUUGUGGUGACACUAUUGAAGAGGUAGAGGAUGCAAGAUCAGAUGAAGGACCAAGCUUAUUUAAACCUAAAGUUAUUGUGAUACUAUCACGUUUCCCUUUCUUUGAUUUGUUUAGGAAUUGUUUGAAUCGAAUAUUAAUGGCUUUACUUGAAUCAGAAAAUAAAGCUGAAUUGAUGAUUGCAACACUUUUGUCUCAAGUUUAUCUUACGCCGGGAAUGCCUGCUGUGUCAUUUUGCUUGGGAACUGAUCGCCUUUCUGUACGAGCUCCUAAAUUACCAACUAUACCUGUUACAUCUGAUAAAGUGACGUUCUUUUUGCAGCAGUUGGGUACAAUUCACAACAUCCUGACGUUACUUUGUGCGGUUAUGGCUGAUCACAAAAUAUUGUUUCGAUCUAGUUCACUUUCACUGCUUGCUGAUAGUUGCUAUGCUCUGCGUUCGCUUCUUUAUCCAUUUGAUUACCCACAUACUUAUGUUCCUGUUUUACCUGAAUUACUGAUUGAGUACUUGGAAAGUCCAACACCAUAUAUUAUGGGAGUGCUGAACAGUGUCCGUAUACGAUGUGCUGACUUAGAUGCGGUCAUGGUUGACUUAGAUGUUGGUGCUGUUUGUGUGCCGCCUUCAAUCACGAUACCCGUUAUUCCACAGCCAUUUCAUCAGCAGCUCACUUCUGCGCUACAAAUGGUUCUUUUUCCUGGACUCGCUACUGCAGAUGAUGCAUGGAAAGUUGGACAACCACCAUUUCCUGCUUAUGAAGUACAGGACAAAAGGAUUCGAGCAUGUUUUCUUUGCUUUUUUGCGAAUUUGUUGAUAGGAUAUCGAUGCUGUUUAGAAGUUAUUCGUAUUUACACAACACCAUUAAUCGUCUUUCACAAAUCUGCGUUUUUGGGUUUACGUCAAUUUUCUUCGUGUCCACUUAUUCGUGCUUUCCUUGACAGUUUACUUUUCCAGUCUUUCAUUUCUGAACGUGGAUUACCGUUUCGAAUCUGCGACUUAUUUGAUGAACUUGUCGCUCAAAUAAGCGAACAGUCAAAUGGUGAACUUAUUUCAAAAGCGACUAAUAUGGAAAAUAUUAUUGAAGUCGCUGAAAAGUUGCUCGAAAAUGAACGUCAAGAAACACCGUUUUCAGUUACUCCGUUCGUAACACAGCAACGAUUUACAGUUUCCUUCUCAACCACAAAAUUACGUCCUUUCAAUGAAGAUUUGGUAUCGCAGGCGAUUGAGAGUAAGUUAGAAGUAGUCCUGAAACAAAUGGCUCCUGUGUUAUGUCCACGUCGUGUACAGGCUACGCCGUGGAUUAUGUCUAAGGAAGAACGGUUGGAUGCAGUUUCUAGACGCUUGCAAGUUCUCAGCAGUUGUUUGCAUCAUAUAUUCGAUCUCAAAUUGUCAGAUGCUAGAAAAAUAAUGUGUGCAGUGGAGUUGUCGAUGCGUAGUGUCAAUGCUCGUGUGGCGUUUUGUCAGUUACUUUGGAAGAAUAUUAUUCCAGUUAGUCGCGCCACAUUGCUUCCUCAGCAGUUCGAAUUAAUAGUGCGACUAAUGAACUGCGCUCUCAGUCAAGAGUCUAAAGAAGACGAGCAUGGAAUCGCGUAUGCACUAUUAUAUCUUUCGAACAUUUAUUGCAGGCGCUUAACAGCAGGAGUGCAUCAGUUUGCAUAUACAUGUAUUCAAGAGCAUGCGGUUUGGGGUAAUCAGCAGUUCUGGGAGGCAGCAUUUUUUCACGAUGUGCAUCGACAAAUAAGACGAUUAUACUUACCAAUCAGAGAAGAAUCUGAUUGCCCAUUUCCUUUGAAGGAGAAUAUUACGGAUACAUGGAACUUGAUGGAAAAACCAUCUGGUAUGGAUUUGGUUAGUGAUCAGUUGGCUAGUUUUUCCAAUAUUAAAGAUGACCAAAUCAAGAAGCGUGCUGUGGAAGAAAAUUCGAUCGUUUAUGGACAGGCUAAGCACUAUAUCAACUUGAUGGUAUAUAUGCGAAUACCACUAGAUGUUUCGAAGUUACGUCGAGUCAAUGUUCGUGAAUUAGAAAGGCGAAGUGUUCAGAAUGGUAAAAGACACGAUUUUGAUGAUGAGACCGAAUUGUCAUUGAGUGAAAGCGAAGUUGAAAGUGGUUUUGUUGAGUCGGAUUCAACAGAUUUGGGAAACUCUACCGUUCGAUGGAUUAGUAGGCUUAUCGAUCGUAUCUGCUCAUCUACUGGUUUAGAGCAGAAUCAAAUUGAAAAUCUUUGUGGAGAAAUACCUGGUUUCGUUGCACUGCAUAUCGAUAAUCUAGAGCAAGUCUACGCUGAAAGCAAGCGACUUUCACCUCUGCAAAAGCCAAAGUUGUUACAUCCGGCGUUGUUAUUGCCGGCUGAACGUGUUGUUGCUGGCGGUUUGCGUGUGUUUUUGUUAGCUGACGGAAGAAUAUCGGGACGAACUUCUGGAGAGCCACCACAAAGUCUUCUUCCAGCAGAAGGAGCAAUCUUUCUCACAAAUUAUCGGGUGAUAUUUAAAGGACAACCCUGUGAUUUAUUCUUAUGCGAGCAAGUCGUUGUUCGAUCUAUCACCGUUAUGUCUAUUACAAAAGAGAAACCGAUAGGAGAUGCUUCAUCCCAAAGUUCUCAGCUUGAAGGUAUUCCGAUUCGCAUUGCUCAUCAAUUACAUGAUGCUUUUCAAAUAAGAAGCUCAAGUUUCCAACUUAUGAAAUUCGCAUUUGAUGAAGAGGUGUCCAGUGAAAAGGCAGAAGGGUUUAUAGAAGCUCUGACUAGCUUAAGAUGGGCCUCUGUUUUACCUCAUUCACUGUUCGCUUAUUCUGCUGCUUCAACAGUGCUUUCAUCGACGUUAAACAGUAUCACAUCAAAGCACAAGGAAUUGAAGAGGACGCUAAUGCGAAAUCCACUCAAAGAAAGAAAGCGAUUUCGAGCUCCAUUAAAAGCACUGCCUCCAAUGCCAAAAAGCAGUGAUGCAAACAUAUUGUACAAAUUGUCUCCCACCACCUCACCUCGUUCUUCAAAAAAUGACUAUUUAGAUGUUUCUGGUACUCUUGGAGAAAUGAUGGAUCCAACAACAAGUGGUUUGCAUCGUCAUUAUUUGAUUGAUUACGAUCGGUUAUCUUUAAAUCAUGGUGUAUUUCGAUUGAUGAAUAUGAAUCGUCGUUAUGAAUUUACCAAAAGUUAUCCGAAUAUUGUGGUGGUGCCUGUCAGCACACCUGAUGAUAACUUUGCAAAAAUUAGCAAAGGAUUCAGGCACAGUCGUUUUCCAGUAAUAACGUGGAAAAGUGACAGUGGCGCUUUGCUUGUUCGUGGUGCAGGAUUAACUGCGCAAACAGUAGUUACUCGGUUAAGGAAACAAGCAAAUUUCCUUGGUGGUAAUGAAAAUCAAAAUAUGGGUUUUAGUGGUUCAUAUCUUUCUUUGAAUUCGCGUGAUUUAUCUACUCCAAACAGUGAGAGGUAUGUUUCUAUGUUUGCCGCACUUUCUCCGAGAAUGCCUGUUGGAGAUGGCCAUUCCCUGAUGUCGGAAUCAGUAGAGUCGUUAUUAUCUCUCUAUUCAAUGGUUACAGCUGAUGGAUUAUCACUGAAUUCUGGAACGCCUGAUCUAUAUCGUAAAUCACAAACAGAAAUUGCUCGGCAUGCAGCAAAUUUUGUCCGUAAUAGUGGAGGAAAGUCUGGAAUCAGAAGUCUGAAUGGUGAUCGUUUUGCUGGUUAUGUGGAUUACCACAGUAAUACACAACCACGACAGGUGAAUUUUGGUCGAGGCCAGUCAGCUAAACCACUGAUUAGUCUCACCAGGAAGGCAUUAUACGUUUUAGGAGACAGAAACCAAGCCAAGAUGUUGAAGUUAGAUAAAAGAUGCGAAUUCAUUCCUAUCAGCUAUCCUACUGCACAUAAUGUGAAAAUAGCUUUCAAGAAAUUUUUGCGUGCAACGUGUCCAAGUUGGCCAGUGGGUAAUGAUCCAUCUCUCACUUUCCUGAAGCAGAUCGAUGACUCUUUGUGGCUACAUAUGGUAUCUUCAUUGUUAUGCUUGGCUUGUGCAGUAGUCGAUCUCAUCGAUGUGCAGCUUUCAACUGUUGCUUUCUGUAUUGAAGAUGGAUGGGAUGCUACUUCAUCUUAUAUAAGCAGUGAAACUUGUAGGACGUUUAAAGGAUUUCAAAUUCUAAUUGAAAAAGAAUGGCUUGCGUUUGGACAUCGUUUUUCUCAUCGUCAUAAUCAUUCAGUUGCGUCUCAAAGUAGUGGUGUUGCACCAAUGUUUUUACUGUUCUUGGAUGCAGUGCAUCAGGUAUGGGAACAGUAUCCAUCAGCAUUCGAAUUCAAUGAUUUUUACCUCCGUUUUCUUGCCUAUCAUUCCACUUCUGCGUGUUUCCGUACAUUUUUGCUUGAUUCGGAGAUGGAACGAAUUAAGUUUGAUUCACUUACGCUCUCAGCCGGGGAACCGCACAUCGCAUCAUUAUGGACAUACGUUGAUGAAAAACGUCAUGAAUCCCCUUUAUUUGAAAAUUUUAUGUAUGUUGCUGAAAUGCAUACUGUUUUGCGUCCUCAGUCAAGUGUAGCAAGCAUUUCUUUGUGGUCUUUUUAUUGUGAAGAUCACUUGGCUCAUGGAUCACCUUACGAUAUCGAAAUAGCUGAAAUGGAACAACAACAGCGUGAAGAUGAGCAUCAGGAAUCAUUAGUUGAUGUGGGAGCUUCAGUGUCUAUGACUAGGAGAUUAUUAGAUGCAAACUAUCGUUCUACUCAAUUCUUGCUUCUUGAUUCAUUUUCAUCUUCAGUUGAGAGAUUCAUGCGAUUGCGUCCGUUAUUAACUGGACCAAAUGAGAAAGCGACAGAAUCAUGGCAUGAACUGAUUACUGCAGUAAAUGAUCGUACGAUGCAAACAUUAUGUUUUCAGAAUGAUGAUGAUGCAAAUAAUGUCACUACAUGGCAUCGUUAUGUACGAAGAGCUGUUCAGAAAAAGGAAACUGUCAAGUUUCUGUUGCAUGGUGUUUCCCGGCAGCAAAGCUCUUCAAGAAUUAGAGACAGCACAGCAAGCACGAGCUCAAGUCAUCAUUUCGUCUUACAACAAGUCACACCUGGUGAUACAUGUGGAGUAUGUCAUCAGAAUGUGCCUGGUGUUGUAAUUCGUACAGUACAUCGAUGUUUGGGUUGUGGUAUGGUUUGUCACGAAAAAUGUUCCGCUUUAGUAACAUCUACAUGUCCUAACAUAGAAGAAAAACGUUUGGUAGGAGCGACUAAAUGUGAUAUUCCGCCAGUGUCAAAGCGAUUUGCAACUUAUUCUGCAGAUGUUAAAACGUUGACAAUAAGUGCUAGUUAUCCUCAUUCUGGUGUUACUUAUAGCGGCUUUUUAAUGAAGAAAGGUGCUACUUUCAAAAUGUGGAAACCACGCUGGUUUGUUCUGGAUUCAAGCAGACACCAAUUAAGAUAUUAUGAAAGUGAAACAGAUGCUAGCUGUCGCGGGGUGAUUGAUUUGGCAGAUGUCAAGUCAGUUGAAGUGGCAGCCAGUCAUACCUUGAAGAAACCGCUUCUAGAGGUUCGAACAUCAAGGCGAGUCUACUCUUUACUUGCUGAUACGAAAGCUGAUGCUGAUUUGUGGUUGGAAAAAAUUUUAGCCGCAUUGCAUGAUUAA